GGGUGGGAAGCUAAAAAAAGGAAAAAGACAGAAAAGAGCAGCGUCUGUGACUGUGCCGGUCGAGCAAGCCAGCUUUAACCUUAGCAAACGCACCGCCAAAGCACAUGCCAUGAGCCGGGUCUGAGCCUGCAAACCCAGGAAAACACACACACACGCGCGCGCGCGCACACACAGGACUGCGAGAGAAAUCCGAUGAGAGGAACGACUCAGAGAGAGCUGCCGUAGAUUGUCCAAAGGGGCAGCGUUUCUCCCAGUUCCGGUUUGUCUGCCUGUGCGCGCUGUGCGAGUUGGGACCCCAAACAAAAGGCUGCCAUCAUCCUAAAGGAGAUAUUCUACCGCGAGAGAACCCGUCUGCUUGAUGCUAACCAAACAUGAGCUCCUAUUUUGUUAACCCUCUUUUUUCCAAGUACAAAGGCGGCGAGUCACUGGAGCCAACUUACUACGACUGCAGGUUUCCACAAAGCGUUGCCCGCAGCCACACGCUCGUGUACGGACCCGGAGCCGCCGCGCCGGGCUUUCAGCACCCGUCCCACCAUGUGCAGGACUUUUUCCACCACGGGACCACGGGGAUCUCCAAUCCCGGAUACCAGCAAAACCCCUGCGCUCUGGCGUGCCACGGAGACGCGACGAAAUUUUAUGGAUAUGAAGCCCUUCCGAGGCAAACGCUUUAUGGUACCCAGCAAGACGCAAGCCUAGCGCAAUACCCAGACUGUAAAUCGUCGAGCAGCUCUAACCCCGGAGAAGGACAAGGCCACUUAAAUCAAAACUCCUCUCCCAGUCUCAUGUUCCCUUGGAUGAGACCCCACGCCCCAGGACGACGAAAUGGGAGGCAAACCUACAGCCGCUACCAGACUCUUGAACUGGAGAAGGAGUUUCUUUUCAACCCCUACCUGACGCGCAAAAGGCGGAUCGAGGUGUCCCACGCCCUGAGCCUCACUGAGCGGCAGGUGAAGAUCUGGUUUCAAAACAGGAGGAUGAAGUGGAAAAAGGAAAACAACAAAGACAAGUUUCCGGGUCAGAGAGGUGAGGCUGAAGCCGAGGCCGAGGAAGAGGGCAACGAGGACGGUGAAGGGGAAGAGGGCGAGGAGAAAGAAGCGGAAGAGAAAGAGGAGACCAAGGAGUGAUUUUAUGGUCCUUUUUAUUGUUAUAUGGCUGAAAAAGAGAAAGAAGAGGGGGUCCCAUAAACAGACGAAGAGUCACAAGGAGGCAGAAAGCACCAACUUUAUGACCUCCCUUUCAUUUUGUCAAGAGGGAACAGGAAUCCCACUAACAUUGCUGUCAUAAAUAGACAAAAAUUCUCCUUCCUCCAGAUUACCGUACCACGACUCGCAUUUCCAUUUGGAUUUUCUGUAGAGCUACACCCGCUUGUAGCGUUUUUUUUCCUUUAAUAGAAACGUCGUCCUUACCAAAAAAAAGGGGGGGGGGGGGUCGAUUAAAACGCAUGUUAGGUGGAAAACGGCGUAGUUAUUUUUUACAGUUUUCAUUUUUAACGAUAUCAGAAUGAAAAGUAUAGCCAGAACACGACUGACGCCGACCUGUGUUGUAAAUAGAUUAUAGGCUGCAUUUAAAAAUAACACGGACGUCAUUUCAGAGCCUAUAGUAGUAAGUGUUGAACCAUCAUCGCUGCAGUGACAUUGGCGAAGAGCCCAUGUAUAAACCACACGUUUCAUUAUUCUAAUUGCUACUGUUACUGUUUUACUCGUUUUCAUGUGAAUGGCCGACACACACAUAGCCAUUAGAUCCUCAGAUAUGUUUUUAGGAUGACCAGGGAAAUGCAAUCGUUUGAAAUCCUUUGAUGCUACCUAAACCUGGGAGAAUUGCAAUAGAGAUUUCUGAAUAUAGAGAUUUCAUAUGGUUUUAAUUUGAAAGUGUUCUAUAUCUUACCUUAUAUUAUUAAGUUAUGUAUGUAGCAUUUACCCAGUAUACAGUAUACACUUGUUGAAGACAAUUUGUGAGUCUUUGGAAGACACUUAGCUCCAAGCCAAGCAAACCAUUUUGAGAUUGUACCACGGCACUACCUAAACUCAGAGCAUUGCCUUUGCAGAAUUUAUAUUCCACACUCGUGGCACAGCUCUGAUUUGAUCGCAAGCUAUUUCCCCAACAACUAAAACUGCCUAUGACGCACAUUUACUGUGUAUGAUAAUACCUGCUACAAUUAAAACAAUUUUAAAGUGAGGGAAUUUUUAUUUUAAUGUGCUGGUGAUAUAGCGUAGUUGUUUUGCACUGAAUAUAACCUUUAUGUACGUCUUGUUAUAUAUUGAUGUUAACAAUAUGCUCGUUUCCUGGUGUUUCUCCUGUGAAAGACGGAAUUGUGUGUCCCCGCCAUUGUUGAUGUAAAUCACGAAUAAACAAAAUGGCUCACAA